CAAUCAGCCUCCAGCAGCGGAGCGGCCGGUCGGCGGCGGCGAGCGCAGAAAGUGGUCUUGGAGCGGGCAGCGGCGCGCGGGGUGGCGGGGCGGCUGCGGCCUGCCGGUUCCGGUGAGUGCGGUCCUCGAGUCCGCUCGGUUGCGUCCGUGUGCGCGUGUCAGCCUCGCCCGCGGCGUCCAGCGGGCCACCGAUCCCGAUCCCGCAGCCAUUCGCACAGCCGCCUCGGCGACUCGGUGCUCCCGGCCGGCAUCCUCGCAGGACCCGAAUGCGUGUGAGCUUGCCCAGCCCGGGAAUGGCACACGCGGGGGCGAUGCUGCAGGGGCGCAGUUUUGAGUCCUAGAUGCUGAGCCUGGGUCGCCAAGGCCUCCUCCCCUUCUAAGCUUUCUUCUGUGAUGUAAAACAGCCUGCCAGGGCUGUUUUUCUGCCUGCCACGUUUUGGUGACCUCUGAGUUUGAAGACUCCAUCCCUUGUCACCCACGGGAUUAUGCUUGUGGCUUUCCUGCCUGAUGAUUCUUUUGCAGCAGGUCUGGCUUCCUUUACCUAAUCGGCCUUCAACCUCUCCUCCUAUGUCAGUGGCUGCCAGGUCCACAAGGACCUUGCAGCUCCCGCCACAGAAGGCUUUUGGGCAGGAAGCAUCCUUGCCUCUGGCAGGGGAAGAGGAUUUAGCUAAGAGAGGGGAGCCAGACUCUGCCCUGGAGGAGCUGUGUAAGCCCCUCUUCUGCAAACUCUGCAAUGUCACCUUGAACUCCGCUCAGCAAGCCCAGGCACACUAUCAGGGUAAAAACCAUGGCAAGAAACUACGAAAUUAUUACGCAGCUAACAGCUGUCCUCCUCCAGCCAGGGUGAGCAGCGUGGUGGCAGAGCCUGUAGCCACACCCCUCGUUCCUGUCCCUCCGCAGGUGGGCUCCUGCAAGCCAGGGGGCAGGGUGAUCCUGGCUACAGAGAAUGACUACUGUAAGCUGUGCGAUGCCUCCUUCAGCUCCCCUGCCGUGGCACAGGCGCACUACCAGGGGAAGAACCAUGCCAAGAGACUCCGUCUGGCCGAAGCUCAGAGUCACUCAUUCUCGGACUCCGCAGAGGCAGGGCAACGGCGGACUCGGAAAGAAGGGAGUGAAUUUAAGAUGGUGGCCACCAGGAGGAAUAUGUAUCCAGUCCAGAGCAAUUCAGGCCCUUACUUCAAUGCCCGCUCCCGGCAGAGGAUCCCGCGAGAUCUCGCCAUGUGCGUGACUCCAAGUGGCCAGUUUUACUGCUCCAUGUGUAACGUUGGGGCUGGCGAAGAGGUGGAGUUCCGGCAGCAUCUAGAGAGCAAGCAGCACAAAAGCAAGGUGUCCGAGCAGCGGUACAGGAGCGAGAUGGAGAACCUGGGCUACGUUCAGUGAUGGCCGUCCUCACAGAGAAGCCUGUCCUGCCUGUUUGCCUUCUGUCGACCUGCCUUGCUUUGUGGUCCUCCAUGCGUACAUUCCUCAUUUCUCUGCUUAGUGCGAGUAACCUGCAGCGGUGCCAGAGCCGUCAGGUCGGGGUCGGGGAGGGAGGUGCGUUUCUUUGGUCACCAGGAUGCUCUUUUGGGCCAACUGUGUCAAACAACUCACAGUGAGCUUUCUGCCCCAUCGGGUGUAACUUCUUAUCUUGGCCAAGUUCUGGUUAAGCAGCAGUAGCCUGACUAGAGCUACGAUUAUUUAAAAAUGGCAUCUACUUUUGCGGUUUUAGGUUUACGCACAUUAGAGGAAUUGACUUGAGUUCUUACUUCCAAUUAUAGAGAAAACAGGUAAACAGAGAUUCCCGUUUUCUGAUGCUCCUGGGAACCAUUACCACCACAGUGUGGUGUCUACAAGAUGUGCUGUUAGGGUGUGUGCCUGGGUCUCCCAGCAGCUCCUGGUUCCCUGUGGCAUAUCCCUCCUCCCGCCCCCCCCUCCGUAAUUAACACAUAGGUUUCCUUGAAUUCAUAUACGUCCAGAAUACUGUGUUCUUCUGAACAUGUGACUUCAUCUCCAGUUGUGAACCAUACACAUGUAAUUCUCGUCCGUCUCUUUCCCUGCUUGGAUCAGCUUCUCCACUCGCUCACCCCAUCCUCAUGGCCUCGCUUGCUGGCAGUUUUGGAGACCCAGAUUUGACUGUCUAAUGAGUUGAAGAUGGAUAUUCUUUUAGAAAAUAUAUUUUCAGAUGAUUCGAGGAUGUGUUUGAGAUUUCAAUUUGGAAUUCUAUUUUCACUGAUGAUUAUGUGACCUCAUGGGAUAGUCAUUUUGUGGCUUUUGACGAUUGUAUCCUGACAAUGCCCUGACAGGUAAUGGGCAUGCCUGGAAAAUACCCCUGCCUUUUUCUUUCUUUCUUUCUUUCUUUCUCUCUCUCUCUCUCUUUCUUUCUUUCUUUCUUUCUUUCUUUCUUUCUUUCUUUCUUUCUUUCUCUCUCUCUCUCUCUCUCUCUCUCUCUCUCUCUCUCUCUGCCCCUCCCUCCCUCCCUCCCUCCCUUCCUUCUUUUAAAAGCUGAUCAAGUCUCAGUGUCAUUUCUAAUAGCAAAACGCCACCAUUGCAUCUUCUCCUUGGCCUCCUUGAAGAGACUUUGAAAACACAGAUGACUUUGGUGUCUAAUGAUUAUAAUGGGAUUCUUAUUUUUUAAAUAAAAAGCCAUAGUGUAUGUCUAGACAGACUGAUGGAGUGUUAUAUGUGAACUUGUGUUCACUGUGUGUCCUUUGUCCUUUUUCCUUCACAUGUGUAAGACCAGCAUGCCCGUGCUCCUUAGGGAAGCAAGCGUGCGUCUGCAGAAGGCUUAGGGCAAGCAGGAUUUUGCACUAUAACAAAUACAUAUUUCAUUACUCAGUCACCUGAGAAUUCUCCGGGCAGAUGGAGAGGGAGGAAAUGCUCAGCUGCCUCUUCUCUCUCCAUUGCUGCUUUAGAGUAGUCGAGACCCAUAAUUAAAGGUUAAUUUUGUGAUUGCUGGCUUCUGGAACGGUAGAGCUAUGUGGCUAAGUAUUUCCCCUUCAGAAACAGAAGACAGAGCAGUGUUAGCCUCAGACUUGAUCUCCAUUCGCAACUCCUCACACCAGGAACCCCUCCUGCGGCCAUCUACAGAGCUGGUCAGUUUAAGGCGACUUAGGGUGUAUCUUGUUAGCCAUUUGGUUGCUCAUUUUGCUGCAAAAUAUAAUUCUUCGUUAGACUUAAAUAUACUGCUGGCCACUUGGUUCUGUGAUUGUUUAACUGUCUCAUCUGUUCUCUGCAGGGUAUGCGUCUGUGUGUCUCUCUGUAUGUGUCUGAAGAUACAUACCCUCCCCCCCCAAACCCCCCCCCUUUUACAUGAUAGCCCAGAGAGAAUUUCACCUCAUUUUUAUCUCAGAUACCAUUGAAAGAUUCUGGGUAUGGAGUUACAUUUUAUAAAAGUGAUAUUCAUGUGCUUUGAGUUUUUUCCCUCUGGGAAUCAAGUCAAAGGAUGUUUCUCCCCGGCCCCCAAAUACCCCCCUCCUGUAUAUACAGAAAACAGUGGACUUAAGGGCUUGGUGUGUUCUCAAGCCUUGUGAAUUCAGGUUUCUAGUCUCCCAGUGCCCUUAAUGGAUGUUAGGGACGUGUAGGCGUGGUUUCUUUUAGAGUGAAACGUUAGAUUUAUAGUGUCACUUCUGUAUUUCUUUGCACUAGAGAGAGUGAUGCGUUGGUUUUAUGACACUCCAGUGCCAGGCUACCUGUGAGAACUCGGUUUGUUUCUGAACUCUGCAAGUCUUUAAGUAGCUGCUAUGGUCAUUGAUAGAGGUGCUGUGGGUUUCCGAAGCACUUGGAAGUUCCCUGGCUGAGGCUCUGUUGUCUUUACUUGUAUUCGGUGGGUAGGGCAGAGGCCAUCAGAACUGCACGGUGCAGUUUCUCACUAAGCGAAUGCUGUCUGGACAGUGUCCCUUCCUUGUCCGAUCAAGCUAUGGCGGCAUCAGAGUCAGUCAGGCGAGCUACCUGUUGGCUUCAUUUUGCUGUAGGAUUGGACCCCCGUCCCCCAGGAAGCCUGUAUAUUAUGGUGUGUUACAGUCAUGGAUGGACAGAGUGUAGACAAAUGGAGACCUUAGUCCAAAAUUAAGGAGAUUUCAGUGUCAUCAAUUAUUUGUAGCAUUGAAGUCUGUUCUUGUGGCUCUCUGCUGCUGCUUCUUUUUUUGUUUGUUUUUUGGGUUUUUUUUUGUUUGUUUGUUUUGUUUUUUUGUUUGUUUGAGACAGGGUUUCUCUGUAUAGCUUUGGCUGUCCUGGAACUCACUUUGUAGACCAGGCUGGCCUCCAACUCAGAAAUCCGCCUGCCUCUGCUUCCCAAGUGCUGGGAUUAAAGGCGUGUGCCACCACCGCCCGGUGGCUCUCUGCUUCAUGAUGAAGCCAGUCAGAACACCCAGAGCCCAGGCUUCAGGAAGAGUCUGGUUUCAGUCAGAUGGUCUGCAUCCCACAUGCCUUCAGAGGGCAUUAGCUUUUGAAGUUCAGCUAAAUCCCUGUGUGCUUUGACCUUUUAGACUUUACAUUGAGACGAGACUUUGCUGGUCUGAGUUGAUCUGUGUCCUGCCGCUUGUAAAUGCAUGCCUAUUGUCUUACGCCUGUCUGCUUGCCUCUUACCAACUGAAUUCUGCAUUUUCCACAGUUUUUCCACACUAUUUGCCUUGAUAAAAAGCUCCCCCUCAUAUUCCUUUUUAGUUUGCCAUGGGCUUAAAGAAUUAGUGAGGAGGUUUGAAGCCCUGGAAAUGGAUGAAGGACCGUGGUGGCUGAGAGCCUGUGAUCUGCUGAGGUGACUCUCCCACCUUACCCCACAGAGCUGCCUACAGAGCUUUGUGUAGCCCUCGGUCUACAACCUUGCAAUCCCAAUAGGAGAAAACCAUUAAACGUACAUACAUGUACCUGAUUACGUCUUCCUGUGUAGACAGGAUCUAAGAGUUAACAGCGGGACUUGGAACUGUCCCAGCCUGUGUUUCCAGGGAGUGUGAGCAAUGGCAGCCCAAGGGCAGACAAGUGACUUCCUCGUAGUGCUUUCUUUGCAGAGAGGCUCAAGAAUAGCAGGUUUGGAAUGUUGUGUAAAUGGCAGAACUUGGGCCGAAGGAAUUUACCAGAGAAAUUGGUGGACUGUGUACCCAAGUGGUGGAGUGUCUUUAGAAAUGGGGAAACAUUUUUGUUGGAUGCAGAAGUUUAAUGUAGAUAUUUGAACAGGUGUUUGAAAAAAAAUUCUACCUUGCUCCCUACCCCUUAAACCUUUGUUAGGAGUUUUAUAUUUGAUUAGGGAAAAAAAUGCUUUGUUGCUUUUGGGUUCUGUUUGGGCGAGUCUCCUGUGAGCUGCCGUGUCAGUGUAGCUGAGUGAACACUAGCUGUGUAAAUAGCUUCUCAUGAGACAUUUAUAUGGAUAGCUGUGUGGUGUUUCCUUCCAUUAUCAAUAGGGACUCUUUGUGAACGCCCUUUCUCUGUAGCUACCAAAAAAAAAAAGUCCUGGCUUAUGGUCCCAUGUGACCUUGUGUCCGUUAAACCCAGAAUAUGAGUGCCUUUAGCAAGUGUUAGCAUUUCACAGAGGGUAGAGAAGACAGGAUUUACUGCCAUUAACCACUGUUCAUUAAAUAGCUUGAAAUAUCAACGGUCCUUGUGAAUUCUGCUCUGUGUCUGCCUCCCUCUCUCCAUUUCCUAGUGCAAUCUCAAUUUGCUUUUGGGUGAAGUGUGCACUCUGGGUGGGAGCCUGGCUGCUGAGGCUGGCAGUAGUCAUCUCUGUGCCUGUGUUUGAUGCCACUGAGGACUCAGAGCUUGAGAUGCUGAUGUGGAAGCAAACGUCCUACAGUGACCGCGCUCCGGCUUGGUUCUUCUGUAGAGUGGAGAGAAUUAUGUAUACAAACAGACUGUAGCUCUGGGUGGUGUUGUACUUCGUCUCUGCGUGGAUAGAGGGACCUUUUUAAGCAAGUUGGAGGCCUUUGAAAAUGACAGUUUCCUUCCUUCGAUUAGCUGAAAAUAUUAAAUUUCCUGCGGUCUCUACAACCUUCUGAACAUACGAUUAAACCAAUUUUCAUGUAGAAAUAGUAACAUUUGCCUCAGAAUUUCAUUAUGAAGAAUUUUGGACAUUUGUCAAAGUGGAAAACAUUUUGGAGCACACCUAACUCUAUCUCCUACUGUUGACAUUUCCCUACUCGGGUUUCCUCACGACUCCCAUGAGCCCAUCGCUGUGUUCUUCUGUCUGCCCAUCAGGACAGAUGGCUCUAUACAUUUCAGACAGCGUCCCUACCAUGGGUGUCAUACACUAGGAUUUAAUAUUCACAUGUUAAUGUCUUAGGAAGACAGCAUGUGUAGGUCAUAACCUGAGGCAGUAAGCAGUCUCUGUACUCUCCUGUGGAUAGCAGUCUUCCUUGUUUCUGUUCUUGAGUGUGCUUAGGGUUUCCAACAAGUCCGUACCAGGUUACGUGGCCCACAAACGUUACGUUCCCGACAGGACUUGCUGUGAACUCCCAGGCGCUGUAACCACUCGCCUCCUAUGCCUGUACAUAGCAGGAUUAAACUCUGAGACAACAGUACUGUCUACUGAGGGCUGGGCAAGCCUUAGGCAGUCUACAGCCUCCCUCCAGUCAUGUCGGAGAGAACUGCGGUCUGCCUCCAUCCUCUGCCCGCCUCCUGUGGCCAGCGCUGCAGAGCUGAAGGGGUUUGCUCAGGUUGGAUAGGUUGGAUGGGGAGAACCAAAUCACAAUCCAACCUGAGUGCAUUUAAGUUGUAAUCUUAGGCUUCCAGUGUAACCGAACACUUCCUUUUGUGCCCUUAGAAGGACUGUGUUUAUUUUUUACCAACUAGAAUUUUAGUUUUAGACAUUUCACAGUUCUCUUAACACAGAGAUAUUCCUGUGGGUAUUUGUUGUUUUUGUGAUGUUCCAUGUAGCUCAGGUGAGUCACUUCUACUAUGUAGCCAAGGCUGACCUUGAACUCCCCCGAUCCUCCUGCCUCCACCUCCUGGUGCUGGGAUUACAGGCAUGUACCACCAUGCCAAGCUAUAUAAAUUGUAGUUCUAAUUGAGUCCAAAGCAAUUGCUAAAAUCUCACUGCACUGUUGAGCACCAACUCAUGCAGGGUCUGUCUGAUUGUUUUUGUCUUUAAAUGGCUUUUAUGACCACUCUGGCUACGUAAGUGGUCACGUGACCCCCCCUCCCCCCACCCCUUCGUGAAAAUGGUGUUCUCCAUCACUGACCCCUCUCAUGCACUCUCUACCUGAUGCUUUUUUUGUUGGUUUUAAGAAAUGACUCCAUAAGUCAGGGUGAGCGAUACUGUCUUAGGCAGGGCAAAGCCCUCUCGGGAGCAAACCCUCCUGGACGUGGCUGGUCGUUGUUCUGCCUUCUUUCAGUAUCUGAUCACCCACCAAAGGUUCUGUAAGCCAGUGUGUCACUUUGUAAGUCUCACGUUGACUCUGCUCACCUGUGGCCCCCCACCCCCCACCCCCAGUCAACUGUAGUGACCUGGCAUGGGUUUUGUGUGUUGCCUUCGAAAUGCCUUAUUGGGUAUGCCAGGCUACUCUGUCAAGCAUCCCAGCUGUCUGCUGAGACAUACAUGUCCUCUCUGGGGUAUGUGCUCUUGAUCCAGAAGCAAAGCUGAUCUUGCUUUCAGUGUCAAGGGUGCGUUUUAAUUCAGUUAUUGUCUUAAGUUAGAAGUGAAGCAGGAAGCCGAGAGAAUGUGAACCUUUCACGUGAUCAGUGUGGCAAACCGAAAAUGUGCUUUUGCUGUUUCACUAGAAAGAACGCAGCUAAGAAAUGCCAGUCCAAACCGGAAAGUGGGGCUGUGUCAUAUCACGCUCCCCACUUGUCACUUGGCCGUUGAGUGUCUGAGCAGGCCACCGGGCAGUGGGCCAGUCUAUGUUCUGGGGCUACAGAGCUGACUGACGUCACAGGAUUCAAACCAAUCAACUGUGAAUUGUGAAAUUGAAAUUGCUCUUUUGGUUUUUAUUUCCUUCAGCCUAAUAAAUACAGAAGUCUGAAUGUUAUUUAAGCUUAGACCACUUACGUUGGCUCAUCUUGGCUGUGUAUUCUCAUGUAUGUACUGAUUUCUGAUAAAGGCUUGAUGACAUUGUAACGGGCUUUUUGUGUUCAGUUCAAUAAAACAGUUUCUGAGUCUUGUCUCAAAA